CUCCUCCUCCUCCCCCCUCCUCCUCCUCCUCUUCUUCUUUCUCUUCCUCCCCCCCCCUACCCUCCACACUCUCCGGGCAGCUCUUCGUCCGGAGUCUCCUCCAUGUCGGAGGCGCAUGGCGGGCGGAGGGUCCUCAUGGAGGCCUCAGGUGGGAACCGGCUGAACAGGCGUGCCACUGAGAGCCUGAGCUGUCAGAGGUGGCCGCUGUUCUCCUGGUUCCUGUUCCUGCUGGGUCUGGUGUUCCUGGUCUGGUGCUGCAUCCAGUCCAGCAGCACCCAGUGGGAGAGCUCCUCCCUCCAUGAGUACUACCACAGGCUCCUCAACCAAAGCCGGCGGGUCCCCCUCCCUCCUCCGUACCGCGUCUAUCCCAAACACGGACUCAAACCAACGGAGCCGUCCGAAGGCCCUGAACGCCCCACCGCCCCGCCUCCUCAGUACCAUCCGGCCUACGCCCGCAACUACCACUUCAUCAUGGACCACCCGGAGGUCUGCCGAACCCGGGCUCCCUUCCUGGUCCUGAUGGUUCCAGUGGCGCCACAAAACGCGGCGGCUCGGGACGCCAUCCGGCAGACGUGGGCGGCGGCCGGCGAGGUGCGCGGCCGGGCGGUGCUGACCCUGUUCAUGCUGGGCCUCUCUGGGGGAGCCGGGGUCCAGGAGGAGCUCCGCCGGGAGGAUCUCCUGCACCGCGACUUGCUCCAGAGCGACUUCACGGACACGUACCGCAACCUGACCAUCAAGACCAUGGUGAUCAUGGACUGGCUGGCCACGCGCUGCCGGGCCGCCGCCUACGCCGCCAAGGUGGACUCGGACAUGUUCCUGAACGUCCACAACUUGGUGUCCAUGCUGCAGACGCCGGGCGUCCCCGCGGCGGACUACCUCACGGGGAUGCUCAUGUGGAACCGGCCGGUGGUCCGCUCCAGGGCCUCCAAGUGGUUCGUCCCUGAGGAGCUGUACCCGGGCCCCCGCUACCCGCCCUACGCGCUGGGCAUGGCCUACGUCUUCUCCAACGACCUGCCGCACAAGUUCGUGGAGGUCUCAAAAUCCAUCGGGGCCUUUAACAUCGAGGACGCCUACAUCGGAGAGUGCAUGAAGGAGCUGGGGCUGGCGCCGGCGGCGCCGCCCGACCCGGCCCAGUUCAAGGCCUACAGCCCGCGGUACGACCGCUGCGAGUACUCCAAGGUCAUCACCUACAUCCUGGGCUCCCCGGAGGAGCUGCUGAGGGCCUGGAAGGACCUGAAGAAGCCCGGCCCGCCCUGUUAGGACGAGGAGGAGGACUCAUGGGGAACCGGACCGGUCCAGGACUCUCCCCCAGCCCCGGGUCCUGGACAUGACGUUGUGAGACCAGUUGAAGGUCUCAGAACCUUUUUACUACAGAAGAACUUUAGAUGUGUUUUAAACUUUUUCAGGUUCUGAACAUGUAUCCGUGUGUCUAGAGGAGUGUGUUGAGGAGGAGUGUGUUGAGGAGGAGGAGGAGGAGGAACUAGCCCAGCUCGG